AUGUUGCGAAUUUAUUCUCUCGGACGGCCUUUGGCCGCCCUCGGACCACUUGCCGGGUCAUCCAGCGGCUGCCGGCGCGGUUAUCACGCCUUACCGAAUCGGAUAGGAGUAACCGAGGAUGGAUUGCUUCUCCGUCGAUUGCUGUCCCAUCCAACCGUGCCAUCAAACGGGCUUUUCUGGGAACGUCAUCGUAAAGGUGGCUACCAGAAGGAACAACGCGUCCCACUCCGGGAACAGAUCCAAAACGGUUUAAAAGAAAUGCGAACCGAAUUCGCGCUGUUCGCGCAGGAAUGGAAAGAGAAGGUUGAAAGCGAUCCACUCGUGGUGUUUCGGCCAGGUGAGGUAGAUGUGGUGUUUGGGUUCGAAACCCAAGCAGAGCUGGACCGGUGGGUUGUGACAUCGGACCGUGACCAUGGCCAGGGUUAUUCACAGGCGGCGUUCGAACUUAGCCCGGCUGGGUUCGGGUUGUUUCACGGUACACUUGAGUCACGUGUACCUAAGGAUGGCCAGAUUAAGCGAGCGGGCUACGCAAACAUUAAAAGCAUGCGCGUGCGGAAAUCAUUCAAACGUGAAGCGUUCUACGACUGGGGCCAGUACAACACCCUCGUGAUGAAGGUGCGCGGAGAUGGCCGGUCUUACCUGAUUAACCUAACCGCGGAGGGCUACUACGACAUCCUCUGGAACGACAUCUACCACUACGUCCUGUACACACGUGGCGGACCUCACUGGCAGCUGGUGAAGAUACCGUUUUCAAAGUUCUUUCUCGCCUCAAAAGGCCGCGUCCAGGAUCAACAGGGUCCGGUGCCGCUGAACCGGAUCACGAACGUCGGUUUCUCGGUGGGUUCACGUGGAGGCCACGAAGGUAGUUUCCGGCUCGAGUUUGACUACAUUGGCGUUGAGUUUGAUCCGUCGCAUCAGGAGGAAUUUGCGUACGAAAUGUACCGCCAGGACAAGUAUAUUGUCGGGACGUAAAGGCGGCUUUUGGUUUUUAUACAUAUGUUUUGCUGUUAGUCGAUUGUUGGCUAUAUCAUUGCGUUGGAUGAAAUAAAUACGGCC